CCAAGACAGUCGCUAAAAGCGGUAUUCAGCGGUAUGUUCUCCGGAUAGACAAGGGUCCGAAUUGGUCGCCCUUUGGCCGAGUUUAUUAUCCAAAUUAAUUGGUUUAUAGAUCACCCCAUUCUGACGGGGAUCACGUGCGGUUAUGCGGUGAUGGGAUCAAGAGGGAAAGAGAGAACGUGAAGGGGAGGAAAGUUUAACAGAGGAAAAGGGAAGGAGAGGGAGAGAGAGGGAAGCAAAGAGAAAGAGAGAGAAGGAAAAUGAUUUGAAAACGCAGUAAAUAGGGGGAUCACGCGAAAGGGGAAAGGCACGACGAGCAGGAAAGGAGAAAAUAAGCAGCAGGAGGGGGAUCACGAUUCGAAGAGUAGUGGUGGAGCAUGCGCGGGUGGGAGUGGCACCUUAUUCGUCGUAUCGCUCCCGCCAAGGGUUUCUGUCAACUACGAACUGCCGAUGGUAAAGGUUCUCGGGGAUACUUGCAAUAAUAUAUACUGCCACAGCUCACCCGCAUGCGAAUUUGCGGUAUUAUAUAUGUUUAUAAGAUCCAAUUUAUUCGUCUCAAAUUCUUACAAUUAGUGAAGAAGAAUAAGCAUAAUUGGAAUAUUGUGACAUAUCAUUUUUAAAUGAAAUUUGUUUGUAAGAAAAUUCGAAAAAAGAUUGUUAUAAAAAAGUGCGCUAAUAUAAUGUGAAAUGUAAGAGUCUGAUAAGAUUUAUACCAAAAGAUUCAAUUCCAAUCAUCGAAAUCGAUGAAGCGUGUGUAUUUGAGAGUGACAGUGUGUUCGCGAGGAUACGCAUGAGAAUCUACUAAUGAAAGGAUUAAAACCAAUCAAAUGUGCAAAGAAUCGCGUUUGCAAAAGGAAUAUAUACGACGAAAGAAGAUAGAGGUGAACAAUCGCGAUCGGAACACGUGGCUAGAGACUAAAGUGUCACGUGGGUAGUGUUGCAUCGCGUACGAAUUUGCAUCAAGUCGCAUUAUCCACGAAUUUUUGCAAAGAUUCGCAAAUAUCGGGAAGAAUUUCGAUCUGUGUAAAAAAUCACACUGUUGGAAAAAAUCGCGAAAAAUUCAUUAAACCGCGAAAUUAAUACAAACGAAAAUUUACGGUCGCUGAUCUCCGACGAUCCAUUUUUCUUCCUGUCAUCGUAUAACAAGAAGAACAAAAAUAACAAAGAAUCCGGAUGCACAUCAGAGGAUGAUUGCGGAAGCUGGAUGAAAUUUACGAGAAGUUUCGUGCCGCUUCUUCGCGCGAAAGCUUUCGCUUUGAUAACUAACGAGUCGCGGCCGGCGAAAGAGCCGGUUAAUCAACGAUGAAAAACCAUUGGUGAGGGAAAACAUCUCGUUUGUUUUCAUCUCGAGCGCGCUCGUCCAACUUCGGGAAAAGAAACAAAAACGACUCGAUGCAAAACCUGACUUCUCGAGGCGUUUCGCGCUUCGACGAGUAAUUAUUUCGUGUUAAUUAGCGCAUAUCGAAGAAGACGGAGAGAAUAGCGUUAAUCCGCUCAUCACGAAGACGAGUCGAGGAUGUGAAGAGAAACGACGAGUGUCGCGAGAGGGUGAUUCCUUUGACGGGAAUAUAUACGUAUAUGUUCCAUAGUGUAACGCAUACCUGGGCAACAUCGCAUGCAAAAAGAAAAAAAGAGACAAAGAAAACGCAUGUCGAGUGUUUGCGUAAAAAGUUCGUCAACGCGCCCCAGGGGAGGCCCGAAGCAAGUUGCGAAGAACAAAAAACAUUAUGGGACACCGUUUACGACGAAAGCAGCGCUCAUCGUCCAACAACUAACGAUAAAAGGAAGAAUCGUUAAGCUCGAGAAGACCCUUACCGAAUGACCGAAAUAAGCUGGAGUAAUAGCGAAAUUGCUUUCGCGCGGAUAUACCAAAGCUGAGUGCGGUUAUUGCUGUGGUUUCUUUAGAACACGUGGCGACGAAAAACAUUCCCUUCGUGAAAAAUUGAGAGAAUUUCUUCGUUGAUCAAAUAAAUCGCGAGAACGUUAGACAAGAAGUCUAACGCGAUAAUUUAAUUUUGAUGAAACUCGAGCGAAAGAGAAAGAGAGUGAUAUAACAACUAUUUUCUAUCUGGCAUCUACGGCCAACUGAUAUCUACGAUUUUCUCGAGAAAUAAAAUUGAAAAGAUUAAGAUCGUGAAAAAAUAAAUCACGGCAAUAGAACAGCGAAAAAUUCCUUGCAUUCCGUUAAAUCCAAGAACGCAAGAUGGAAUUUUUUUCAUAUUAAAUGGCGCGAUCGGUAUUUUGGAUCUUCUUAAAAAACACAUAGAGAAUAUUUCCACGAAAAUCCGAAAACGCGAGAGAAACGUCGCGUGAAAACAAAAGGACGAAUGCGAAGAAAUUUCGUUAGUUCGAUCGAUUCAUCAGCAUUCCAAUUUUGUCCAUACCUAAUGCACUGAAAAAUCGAGAAUGCUGAUAAUUUUCUCGAAAAACACGUAGCAUUAUCAUAUCUCUUUGAAUGCGGAAAUCAAAGAACAUUGUGGACGCGAUUAAAGUGAAAAUUUCCGUCGGUGCAAAUUCUGAGGUGCAGAUUCUAACUCUCUUUUUUUUUCUCGACGGUACAAACGGCCACGAUUAUCCUCCCCUCUUCUUCCCCGCGCACAAAUGUCAAGUGAACGAUGAAGUACUCGAGGGUGAAGACGAAGAAUUGGAGCGCCACUUCGCUCGGCGACGAAUCGUGCUCCAGGUGCGGCAAGUGUCUGACUAAAAUGCAGUUCGUACUACUGUCGGUGCUAUUCUGCUCUUCUCUGACGACAGGUACCACACUGAAGAUACUGAGAUUGGAUGUACCCAGCAUUGCUGAUCCACGGUCGGAAAAAGUGUCGCUCAAAUGCGAAUACGAUCUCGGCGGAAAAGAACUGUAUUCGGUGAUAUGGUUUAAAGACAAUCGUGAGAUAUUUAGAUAUAUGCCGCGAGCAGAAAAUCCUAAGAGAGCUCAGAAUAUUACUGACCUAUACAUCGAUCUUAGUCGUAGUGACAGCAAGCAAGUGACACUUCUGGGUUCGAACUCUCAUAGAGGUGAGAUCAACUUGGCGGGAUCUUACGGCUGCGAAGUAUCGUCAGAAGCACCGAAUUUCGAAACAGAUUACAGGGAAGCAAACAUGAGCGUGGCUAUACCACCCAGAGAUCCCCCGACACUCGAGGGGAUACGACCUUCUUACAAGAUCGGCGAUAUCCUCGAAGCGGAGUGCAUGGCAUCGAGUUAUCCCCCAGCAGUUUUAACGUUCAUCUUGAACGGUAAAGAGGUGAACAGAGAUACUUUAACCAAAAAGCGAGGCAACAUGGAUGAAAAUAUGAUCUCUAGGACAGAAUUGGGCCUAACGUUGCGUCUGGAACGAGCUCAUUUUUCCGAUGGCAAGCUAACAGUGGUCUGUCAAUCAGCAUUACCAGGAAUUGCCAAUAACUUAGUCUCCGAAUCUAUGAAGACCGCGACUCUUGCCGCCAGUAAUCAACGUCUUGCCCAAGAACCCCCUAAAUCGGGGGUUUCAAGAUCGAAUGCCGGAAUGUUUUAUACGGUUCUUAUUUUUUGGAUAGUAGCCCCGAUUCACAUAAUUCGUUACAACAGUCUCAGAUUUCUACGCGUUUAAUAUCGAUCCGUAGAUUUUGAUCGACGACACGACAACCAGCGAUGCCAAUAUCUUUAUUAAAUUCGUAUUAAUUAGUGCAUACACAUCUCUAUUUGUUCAUGCGGAAAAUGUCAUAAUCACUGUCGAUUUCUCCCUAUGUGUUAUCUGACGAUCGCGGAUGUUGCCGAAUGUAUGUAUGUAAUCUUUAGGGCGUGAUACCAAGUGCGUCGAUACACAUUUCGAUGCUCGGAAUCUUCGCGCAUUCCGUACACGUUCAAUCGCAUGUAUACACAGUUAGAACACCCCGUAUAUCUCGUAUAUAGCGGAUAACUCGGAGAGACAUGGCGAUAGUAAUACAACACUACGUAAAGUAGGUCGAAACGCAGACGCCCGACGUUGUACAUAGUGUAUAAUUGUGAAUUAGCAUUACAAAUUAUCGUGUAUAAUUAACUGGACGAGAGACCGAACGAUGACGGAGAACACGAUGAAAGUAACAUGAGAUGUAUCGGGAUUCGCAGAGAUACGCGCGAGCGAAAAAAAACGCGCGUGCAAUUUUCGAGGGAAAAAUAUAUACGGCUGAAAAUCGCAUCUCCGAAAAAUAUCUAUCAUUCACAUCCAGACCAGAAGCAUAGUUUAACAAAUAUAAAUAUAAAUGUGUGUACACGCGCCGAUCGUAAUCCUAAGUACGGCUCGACGUCGACGUAUAGUAUAAAUAAUGUGUGAUUAAUUCGAUUAUAUUUCCCACAUCUGAUCUUCCUCAAUGACGUGUGCGAGGUUCUACGUGUGAAGUAAAAAAAUAUGACGAUUUCGUUCUUUACUGCCAUUUUACAUGAACCAAGUUAUUAUUAUCGAAGCGAGUAUACAGUAAUAAACGAUGAUUUAAUCAA